AUUCAAUCAUAUAUCUAAAAAUGAGUUUGAGUUGGCUGGUGUCUCCUAAAUUACAUAAAACUACUAAUGGCUAUUUUAUAAAUCAUGAAAAUAUUAAGAUAAGAGAUGACUAAUAUUUUAUUAUAUUGCAAGUUAGACACCAGAAAAGAUUACAAAAGAUGAUCACUCAAAAUACAUCAAAGAGAAAUUCACAGAUGUUGAUGUCAGAUCUGGAAUAUUCUCUUUUGGUGGUAUAUUUUGCAUUAGCAACAAUGAGGGAAUUAAUUACAUCAAGAAUAACUAAUCGUCCAAUAUUAAAUGAUUAUUAAAUUUGGGAGUAGAUAAUUUUCAAUGAUUUAUGGCAAUUAGGUUUGGUUUCAGCAGCAUUUUCAUAUAAUCUAUCUUAGAUCUUAUUUGAGCCACUUUUUGUCUAAAGAAACUAAGUGAUAUCUGAUUUAUCUGAAAAAUAUAACUUUUCAGUUUUUGAUUUCGCUUUAGCAAAGAAAGAAGCUAGAUUAAAACAAUUAAGAACAGAAUUAACAAGUGACAGUAGUAAUGCAGCACAUUUCUGAAUUAAUUAUUAA